AUGGCAAACCUGCAAGACCAAGAGUUAACACAUGUCAAAAUUGCUUGGGUCAUUAGAGAUAUCGCCGAAGGAGUGAAUAAUGAAAAUGUUGAUCUGAUGAAGCUACGACUAGACUACGUGAAUAGGAUGAGUGUAACUUUGGGUUUACCAGAGGAAGUAAUAAAUGCAUUCUCGUUAGUGUAUCAACAGUUAGACAGAAUGUCGGAACGAAUGGUCGAAAGCCGAGAUGUUGAUGUGCAGUAUCACCCUUACGUUAUUUGUUCCGGUCGUGGAAGACCUAGAAUUUCUAUAUCGCAGGAGCAAUUAUCGUUUUUAGUUGACCAGGGUUUUACUGUCAAAGAAAUGAGUAGCAUUUUGGGUGUUGGGCAGCGUACAGUAGAAAGAAGGCUCGCUGCAUUCGACCUAAGCAUUAAAGGUGAGCAAAUGCGGGCAACAUAUUACAGGCACAGUGAUUUUCCUGUGCAACAUUGUUGCGUUGCACGUUUAGGUAUAAAAGCUGGAGUAAUUCAAGCAACAAAAUUGCAGCAACUUGCAACAAAACCUGAUUUCAACGCAUGUUAAGUAGAGAUUUUGUUGCUCGUAUUACUCCAUCUUAAAUGUACAUAUUAUCGCCUACAAAUUUCGACCAAUAAACAUUAAGGUCGAUAUAAAUUAACAAAUACAUCAUACAUGCAACAUUAACCUCCACUUGCAAAUGUCUGAGAACACAUGUGAAAUGGAGUAGUUUAAGCCAGGAUUGACCAACCGAGGAAACGGUCCAAUCUUACAAGCUUGAUUGCAUUAUGAAUUAAAUAUAAUUUGUGUACCUGAUUUAGCUAAAUACAGCAACAUUAAUGAUGAAGAUCUAGAUGAACUUGUUAAUGCGGCACAGAAUGAAAACAGCUCCAUUGGAAUACGAAUGUUGAAGGGCUCCCUUUUUAGCAAAGGUUACAGAAUUCAAAGAGAGCAAAUUAAACAAUCAUUAAGAACCAAUCCAAAUGGUGCGGUGCAAUGA